AUGGAAGGUGACGAGGUGGUUCAACUGCCCGACGCUUUGAUUGCUGUGGACGGGAGCCGAGUGUACGAGCCUUUGAUCAUGUUCAACUACCUCAUCGAGGAUGAUGAUGUGGCUUUUAGCUUGGAAUUCCAGCCACAGCCGCUGCCUCCUCAGGCCUGUCCUCAGUUUCUUGUUGUUGCAAGGCACAUAUUCCCUCCCAAUUUGGCUGCACAGUCGGAUGGACGAGGUGAGGACUUCUGGGCCAUCAUACCUCCACAAACUUCGGUUUGCAGUAGGUUUCCAUUUUGGAGCUUUGGACUCCACUUUCUGCUCCAUUUCAAACCUUUCCUUACCUGCUGUACGAACCGUCAGUAG